UGCGGUGAUCAUUUUUAUCAUUUGUCGAAGUCGGCUCAAAGCGAACGCACAUACCUCAUCCGCCAUGUCGACCCCAGUUGGAAGUGGAAACACAAAUGACAGCCAGACGAUGAGGCCGCCUGGUGAAAUGUUUACCCUGGAAAAUCCCGUCUUCUGCUGCUACCUUUUUUGGGCCACGGUGCUGGUGGUGAAGAUGCUGCUCAUGUCGCUCCUGACGGCCAUACAGCGUUUCCGGUAUAAGCUGCUGGUACUCGUACCGCUGGCACUGCGACGCAAGAUAUUUCCCAACCAGGAGGAUCUGUUCUUCAAGAAUCUCGAAGUGCAAUUUAAUGAUCCGCAUGUGGAGCGCGUUAGAAGAGCGCAUCGUAAUGACAUGGAGAACAUUCUGCCGUACUUUAUCAUGUCCUUGAUCUACAUUAGUACCAAUCCGAGUGUCGGAGUCGCCUGUAAUCUGUUUCGAGUGGCCUCCGUGGCCAGGAUUAUCCACACCCUGGUCUACGCCGUUUAUCCGGUUCCGCAGCCGUCGAGAAUCUUAGCCUUCGGUACUAUGCUAUUGAUUACCUUCUACAUGGCCGCCGUAGUCGCUUUGCGCACCCUAAGCUUUAUCUAAAUAAACUCUAGUCCCUAUUGGCUUAACCCGUAAA